AUGUAUAUGGAAAAGGUUCAGGUAGUAAGCAUUUGUGGUAGUCAAUGGGGAGAUGAAGGGAAGGGUAAAUAUUCUGGGUUUUUUUCCAAGGACUUCGAUUAUAUAGCCCGUUUUAAUGGCGGAGCAAAUGCAGGUCAUACUCUAAUCUAUCAAGGCAAGACUUAUAAGUUUAGAAUGCUCCCAUGCGGAGCUGUUCACGAGCAUGUAAAAUGCAUAAUUGGCACCGGUUGUGCUGUUUCUCUUGAAAUGUUGUACCAGGAUAUCCAAAAUGCACCAUACAAUCAAGAAUCGCUUAUAAAUAGAUUGUAUAUAUCCAACAGAGCCCAUUUAGUUUUACCAUUGCAUGUGACUAUGGACAUAGAACUAGAAAAUGCUAGAUCGGUGAUAUGUAAAUCGAUUGGCACAACCAAAAGCGGUAUCGGACCUACAUACUCUACCAAAAUGUUAAGAACAGGACUUAGAAUGGUAGAUCUGCUUGACUUUGAACAUUUUAAGAUGUUAUUUAAGGAGUUUAUCUCGCUCAACAAUAUGAAUGGGCUGAUUACUCAAGAAGAGAUCGCUGUACAGUUGAAUAAAUAUGAAAAUUUUUACCAUAUGUUCAAAAAUUGUAUUGUGAAUACCAAUCUAUUAAUAACUAAUGAGCUCAAACUAGGAAAAAAAUUUAUUGUAGAAUGCUCCAACGGAGUGUUGUUGGAUGUUGACUAUGGCACUUAUCCAUUUGUAACUUCAAGCAACACUUUGUCCCCAGCCAUAUUUCCACAUCUGGGAAUUCCAAUGAACAUCCCUAUAAUGAAUAUCGGAAUUACUAAAGCUUACCAGACUCGUGUGGGUGAAGGGCCUUUCCCUACCGAACUUAGUGGCCCGCUGGGUGAAAAGCUGAGGAGCAAGGGAAAUGAAUUUGGUUCCAAUACCAACAGAGCUAGAAGAUGCGGUUGGGUUGAUAUACCUGCCCUCAGGUAUUCUCAUAGUGUAUGCGUUUAUGAUUGUCUAAUAUUGACAAAAUUAGAUGUACUAACUGGAUUCGAUAAAAUCUCCAUCUGUGUAGACUAUAAGAUUCACGGUAUGCCUAUGAUCCACGGAGAUUACCCCGCCUGUGUCAAAGAUUUUAAUGCUUUAGAACCGAUAUACGAAGUAGCUGAGGGUUGGUCUGAAGAUAUUUCCAAGUGUAGAAGAUUUGAAGAACUUCCAUCCAAUGCCAAAAAAUAUAUCGAACGCAUCUCCCAAUUGAUAGGGGUGCCCAUUAAGUGGGUUGGGGUCGGCCAGGACAACGAUUCCACAAUCUACAUUGCUUAA